AUGCCCCGCGCCGCUGCCGCUCGCGACACUCCCGCCGGAUCGCGCGACACUGGUCUUCCCUAUCCCGCCGAGGACCUGUCCGAAGAUGACGACCUCUUCUCCUUCCUCCUCGUCGACCAGCUCGGCAUGCGUGCCCAGACCAAGCUAGGCGUCCACCCCCAACAGGUCAAGUUCAUCGGCCCUGCCCACAAUCGCGAAGAUGUUUUGAAUAUCCUCAGGGAAACGGUACUUCGAGGCACCGAUCCCAAUAUUGCGGCGCAGCGGCUAGCAGAGCUCCCCGUCAUCAAGGAGCAUCUGGCCUCGAAGCAGACGGACAAACAACGCGAGAAGACGAUGCUGUACGAGGAGAUCACGAAGCAUCCCGAGCUCGCCGUGUUUGCGACGCGUCCGCUCCUCGAGGGAGAGGUCGUCAUGGAGCUGCAGGGCACCUGUGUUCUGCUUCCCGAAGAGUGGCGAAUGGAAAUGGACGUGUCGGAACGUUUUGCUGCGGAGGAUGACCUGGAGGGGCUGGAGAUGGACGACGACGAACAGCCGGCCGAAUCAUCCACCGCGGCUGUUCGACGGAACAAAUCGCAGGAACCCCGAGGCGCUCGCCGGAGCACCCGCACGCGGCGAAGAGACUUCAGCAUCAUCUGGUCGGGCAUGAAGAAUGCGUACAUGCUCUUCCUCGGUCCCGCCCGCUUCCUUAACGCAGGGGCCGUCCUGUGUGUCGUUUCGCGUCCUCCGUCCUAUCAAGAUAGGCGAGGAGCUAACGACAUUCUAUGGAGAGGACUACUUAAAGGCAACUCCGAAUGUCUUUGCAAGACUUGCGAGGACACCAAGCGGGGCGGCUACCAGCCUGGAGGUGUUAUGGAGCUGGCGAGGAUCGGUCUGGAGAAGCUGGAGCGGUCACGAAAUGGUUCCGUAGCGCCGUCAUCGAAAGGCCAGGUCAACGGUUACGCCCGGUCCGAGGUGGAUGACUCGGUGUACGAGGACCCGGGGACGCCAGCAUCGUCAUGCGUUGUGAGCACGCCGCAGAAGAACGGACAGUGCUCUGUGUCGGCGGCGUCACCCAGCGUGGACACCGCGGCAGGGAGCGAAGAGGAAGACGUGGUCCGUCGGGAACGCCCGAUGCGACAAGCCCGAAUCAAUUCAAAGCCCCUGCAGUGGCACAAGCGGCCACCGUCUCGAAAACAGCGCGCGCAGACGGCAACGCAACAUCCUCUAGUGGCUGUCGAGGCGGACGACACGAUUCGUUGUGUCACCUGCGCGUGCGCUCUCGAGGACCGGGAAUGGGACCCGCUGACGAGCUGGGCCGAUUUUUGUCCGCGCUGCUAUCGUCACGCGAUCGUGUUCCAGCUCCCGUGGCCGGCGCACCGGGCUCAGGAUGUUAGGGAAUAUCCUCCAGUCCACCUGAUACCUCCCGGGUACUGGCCGCGGAAGGUUACGUCUGUGUCGCUGCCGUCUCUGAACCCGGUGCGACACAAGAAGAAUGCCGUCGAGCCAGAACCCGUGCAGCCCGUGUACGACCAGGUGCUCAUUCCCGACACGCGGGAGAUGCGUCGUGCGCGCAACUUCCGCCUGGCGAUCGAGCGCGAGGAAUGCGUCAUCGAGCAGCUCCGCGUUGCCGCAUGGGAGCAGCAAGAGACGCGCGAGCUCGCCGCCAUUGCAGCGCAGGAGCGCCGCGACGCGGCCAAGAAGGCGCGCGAGGAAGCAAAGCGGAAGCGCAAUGAGGGUAAGAUCCGCGGCUCGGGUCUCUGGCAGCGAUACGAGUACCAGCCUGUCGAGGAGAUCGAGAAGCGCAUCCGCGAACGCACGACAGUUGUUAGCGGCACGCGUCGUGGCGGCCGGUAUCGCCAGGACAGCGAUGAGGAGGACCUCGCGCGCCGGGCUCAGGAAGCCCUCAACGCCGAUCUCAAACGCGAGAAGGAACUGCAGGAGCGCAACAGGCGAUACCGCAUGAAGGGGCAGGAGGACGCGUCGGACGACGACGACGCCGAGGACGAGCGCGACGAACAAGAGGCUGCGGCGGCUCUCGAACCGGCGCCGGCAGCUGCUCCGGCAGUCGACGUCAAGCCGCCGCAAGCACGGCUUGGCUUAUCGUCCCGACUGCCUGGAAGGACACCCGAUGUCGCGUCGCCCGCAUCCAUCAAGCAGUCGCCACAGUCUGCGCCGCGUAGCGCGGUCCGCCGCACGCCGCAGGUCACGGAGACGAUCGACUUGACAAUGUCUGACAGCGACGAGGACGCCAAGGCGGCGGCGCGGCCAAAACGUCCACUUCCCAAGGCGUCUGCGCCCAUUACGCCGUCUCCGGCGACAGCGCGCACUUCUGCCGGCUCUGUCAACCCCUCUCCCGCGCCGUCUGGCGCGACGACCGACUCCCCCGCCUCUCGCCGCAAGCGCGGUCGUCCCCCUGGCACUGGGUACAGGCAGAAGCGCGAGGCGAAGCGUCUGGAGCGAGAGGCGCGCCAGCGCGAAGUCAUGCAUACUGCCGGCAUUGCCGCCGGGCUCGUUAAGGCGAACGGAGUGCCUCCUACGGUCAACGGGGCAGUCAAUGGGACUCGCCCUGUACCUGCCGCGGCUAGUGAGCCGAAGGCGCCAGUGACCACAGAGGAGAAGAGUCCGAGCCAGCUGGUCAACGGCGACACAGCGAACGGGUGGGGUGCCUCGCGCGUCACGAACGCGAUCAGCGGCACGAUCAGCGCGGCGAAGCGCGUUCUCACCGACUCGUCACGCCUGCACAUGUCUCCCUCGCCGGUGCGCAAGACGCACGCGAACGGCCUCGUCUCGCCUCAUCUCCGGGAACCCCCCGCGCCGGCACCGGGAGCUUCUGCAGAUGAAGCUUCUCCGCCGUCCUACGACGAAGGGGUCGUGUUCGACGUGCCCCUCAGCUCCUCGAAGCGAAAACGCGUCUCGGACGCUUCCGUGGCGAGCACAGGGAGCACAGGAAGCGUGGUGCCGCCGCGAAAGAAGCGGACGUUCUUCAAGAGCGUGUUCACGUCGCCGAAACCGCCCAAGGCGCUCGACCCCAAGACCAAGACACACACUAGCGCUGAUGUGUUACGGCCUUUCGCUAGUCCGAAGAUUAAGAAGAAGCACCUUGACCCGCGCGAUGGGAAUGACGCUUACUCGCUCUCGAGGCUGAUGUGGAGUGGUCGCGGGUGA